GUGUCAGUAGUCGCGGGGCAGGUACGCGCGCUCGCAGCUCGCUCUUGGAGAUCGACGGUGGCGGGAGCGGGCUCCAGCGACUGAGAGAGCGCGGUGGGGCGGGGCGGGAGAAAGUGGCUGCCUGGAGGACAUUGGCGUUUACGCGUGGCAGAGCGGAAGAGUUUUGCUUUUCGUGGGCGCCUUCGAAAACUGUGCCUGCUGUUGACCGAGGGGUCUGCCCGGAGCCUCCCCUCCUCCGCCCGCGGCCCCGCGCCGAGCUCGCCGGCCCGAGCCAACGUGGGCCAGGUGGGAAACGCGCCUGACCCACGUACUGCAGCCGGAGCCGCUCCCCGAGUGUCCAUGGCUACGCGGGUGCUGACCAUGAGCGCCCGCCUGGGACCUGUGCCCCAGCCGCCGGCCCCGCAAGACGAGCCCGUGUUCGCGCAGCUCAAGCCGGUGCUGGGCGCCGCGAACCCAGCCCGCGAUGCGGCGCUCUUCCCGGGCGAGGAGCUGAAGCACCCUCACCACCACCCACAGGCGCAGCCAGCGCCUCCGCAGCCCCCGCAGCCGGCGCCGCCUCCCGCCGCCGGCCCGCGGCUGCCUCCAGAGGAGCUGGUCCAGACAAGAUGUGAAAUGGAGAAGUAUCUGACACCUCAGCUUCCUCCAGUUCCAAUUAUUCCAGAGCAUAAAAAGUAUAGACGAGACAGUGCCUCAGUCGUAGACCAGUUCUUCACUGACAGUGAAGGGUUACCUUACAGCAUCAACAUGAACGUCUUCCUCCCUGACAUCACCCACCUGAGAACUGGCCUCUACAAAUCCCAGAGACCGUGCGUAACAUACAUCAAGACAGAACCUGUUACCAUUUUCAGCCACCAAAGUGAAACGACUGCCCCUCCUCCUCCUCCUCCGGCCCCAACCCAGGCCCUCCCUGAGUUCACCAGUAUAUUCAGCUCCCACCAGACCUCAGCUCCAGAGGUGAAUAAUAUUUUCAUCAAACAAGAACUUACUACACCAGAUCUUCAUCUUUCUGUCCCUCCCCAGCAGGGCCACCUGUACCAGCUACUGAAUACACCGGAUCUAGACAUGCCCAGUUCUACAAACCAGACAGCAGUAAUGGACACCCUCAAUGUUUCUAUGUCAGCCGCCAUGGCAGGCCUUGACACACACACCUCUGCUGUUCCGCAGACUUCAAUGAAACAAUUCCAGGGCAUGCCCCCUUGCACAUACACUAUGCCAAGUCAGUUUCUUCCACAGCAGGCCACUUACUUUCCCCCAUCACCACCAAGCUCAGAGCCUGGAAGUCCCGAUAGACAAGCAGAGAUGCUCCAGAAUUUAACCCCACCUCCAUCCUAUGCUGCUACAAUCGCUUCCAAACUGGCAAUUCACAAUCCAAAUUUACCUGCCACUCUGCCAGUUAAUACGCAAAAUAUCCAACCUGUCAGAUACAACAGAAGGAGUAACCCCGAUCUGGAGAAACGCCGCAUCCACUACUGCGAUUAUCCUGGUUGCACAAAAGUUUAUACGAAGUCUUCUCAUUUAAAAGCUCACCUGAGGACUCAUACUGGUGAAAAGCCCUACAAGUGCACCUGGGAGGGCUGCGACUGGAGGUUCGCACGAUCAGAUGAGCUGACCCGCCACUACCGGAAGCACACGGGCGCCAAGCCGUUCCAGUGCGGGGUGUGCAACCGCAGCUUCUCGCGCUCGGACCACCUGGCCCUGCACAUGAAGAGGCACCAGAACUGAGCCCCGGCGCCACGCUCUCCGCCGCGCGCGCGCGCCGCAGUCGGUUCCGCAACCUUUAAACUACAAACUUUAUUAUUCAUAUAUAUAUAUAAAAAAAGAGAAAGAAAGAAAAGAAAAAAGAGAGAAAGAAAAGAAAACAAAAAAAACUGGAAAUGUAUAUU